AUGACUGGUCAGUCCAAUAGAAUCACAUCAGCACCUCUCAGGGACGGCACUCUCAUAUCUGUGAAUGAUCAUGUUUACAUGGCUUCAGAGUUCAUUGGAGAAUCCUACUACAUUGGACGAGUCAUGGAAUUUGGGAAAGAGAUCAAAGGGAAACCACUGCAAGUCAGGAUUGGCUGGUUUUAUCGACCAAAAGAUGUUAUGGCUCGGAGAAACCAUGACCCUCGUCUUCUCGUUGCAACUAUGCACUCGGACAUGAAUCCGCUGUCAAGUAUUCGGGGUCGCUGUACUGUAACCCAUCAGGCAUAUAUUAAGGAUUUAGAUUCAUACAAAAAAAAGCCAGAUCACUUUUAUUACAGUCAGCUUUUCGAUCGUUACAUUCAUCGAUUUUAUGAUGUAAUCCCAGUUGAGUCAGUUCGCAACUUGCCACCUGAUGUAGCAGAAGAGCUUGGCAAGAGAUACCAAUAUAUUGUUGUCGAGGCUGGAACAGCGUCUGAAUAUACCGAUGCUCACAGAGUAUGUUUGAUCUGCAAACGAUGGUGCGCUAGCGGAGAAGCAUUGAAGUGUAUUAUGUGUCAAGGUUUUCAUCAUAUGCUGUGCAUUAAUCCACCCAUGUUGCGUAAACCUUCUAAAGGUUUUGCUUUCCAGUGCGCGCUUUGCACUAAACUUGCACUGGAAUCUGCUUCAUCUCCCUCUACCACUUCAUCAUCAUUAUUAAAGCAGUCCUCUACUACUAAUCAUUCAGCUACUUCCUCAGGGCAAAACUCACCAAGGAGUUCUCCGAAACAGAAGUCUCUUUCGACCUUGACAGUUGCUCCGACUUCCCAUAGCCUAAGAGAGAGCUCCCGAAAUGAUUCUGGAAGUACGACAGCAAUGGCGCCCUCUAUAUCUCAGGAACAAAAAAUGUCGCACAUGUGGCCCUUCAGAUAUUUCGGAACACAUGCUGAUAUUCAGGAUAUUUUUGAUCCUGAUGACCGUGUAUAUCCUCGUGCGUCAAGCCGAGUGGGGCCGAAAUAUCAGGCAUUCGUUGUAAAAUGGGAUGGACCGGGACAUAUCCUCGCCACAUCUACCCUAUUUGAUGAUCCACAAAAUAAUGGCUCACGGGGCCGUUCUAAAAGAGGUGGUCGUGGUGGUCGACCGCCACACAAACAAAAGCCUCUUGAAGCGGAGGUCGCGGAGGUAACAUUUCGAACACACACAGCGUUAAUCGACCAAGGAACAGAUGGGAACGACAGUCCUGCAGCACCUUCCCCCCCAACAAGGUCCGGUACGAGUACUGAUGAACCAUUGCGGACAGAACGUGGAGGUGAUGAAACCGUAAGCUUGCAAUACUUCAAGCCAAGCAGUGUUUCCGAGGAAUAUGUUGCAAGUUAUAUUAGCCGCUUAAAGGAUCUAAAUUUGCCAUUGCAAAUACACUCAGCAGACUUGAUGGAUAAAGCGUUACUGACAUUACAAAAGCAUGGAUUCGAUGCUAAUAUGGCCCUUGGGGAGAUGUCUAAGCUUCAAAAACAUGAUUUUGACAUUGAAGACUGGACAGCUAAGGAGGUAGAGGCGUUUGAGGAAGGCAUUAGACUUUAUGGACAUGAGCUCUUCGCUAUCAAGAAAAAAGUCGAGACACGAUCCAUGAAAGAUAUUGUACGAUUCUUUUAUCAUUGGAAGAAAACCGAGCGUUAUCAACCAGUUUAUUCUGUCUUUACCAAAAUCAACAAACCAAACAAAAAAUUCAAGUCUGUAGGCAGAGGGGUAGUUACUUCACCUGUCGUGGAACAUGCUAGUCGUGCAAAGUCUGGGUCAGAAGCAGAGCAAGAACGAGCGCUGGACCACGAUUCGGUUAUCUUGCGGUCGGCUGAGAAUAUUCAUAUCUUCGAAUGCGCUCAUUGUGGAACUACUAAUUCAUCCGUAUGGCGAAGGGCACCGGGAGAAGUGGAUCUUCAGAAAAAGAAUCCGAAGGUGUUCUGUAAUGAUUGCGGUAGUGACUGGGUACGUUAUGUGGCCCUACCUUCUUUAACAGACUCUCAAAAGGACACCAAGAAACUAAAAGCCAAGGAUCUGACCACAGGCAAAGGUCAAAUAAACGGACCUAGCAAGGUAUCUCCCAAUGCAGUUGAUACAGCAGCUGGAAUCAAGCGUAAACGGAUAGAGCCUAAAUCAGGGAAUGGUAAAAAGAUCAAGGAACAGUCGCGUGAGCCUAGUCGUUCGCCAUCACCACCCCCUCCGGUACCAUGCGUCAUAUGUGGCAACUUGGCUUCAUCUGGAGAGCAGCUAAUGAAUUGUCAAAAGUGCCAACUGACUGUUCAUCGUGAUUGCUACGGUGUUGUUUCCACUACCAGCAAUCGUAAUUGGUACUGUGAUGCUUGUCUUAACGACCAAAACCCCACAUGUUCAACGAGCUAUACUUGUGUCCUCUGUACCAAGUCCUUGGGCAAAGGCCCUCAAGCUAUUAAGAGGACUACAGGCAACAACUGGGCGCACGUCCUCUGCGCUGUUUGGAUCCCUGAAAUAACUUUUGUUGAUGUGGAGACACUGUCUCCGAUUGAGUCUAUUGGAAGAAUUCGCCACGAGCGAUGGAAACAAACAUGUUUCAUCUGUAGACAAAAGGCUGGUGUGUGUGUAGGAUGUGGCGAAGGGUGUAAGAAAGCGUUUCAUGUAACUUGCGCACGAGAGGCUGGCUAUAAAAUCGCAUUUGAGAUGCAGCCUACUAAAAAUGUGAAGGGUGGUUUGAUGGUUCCAAUGAUUUGGUGUCCUAACCACAACCUAUCCUCGCGUAAGAUCAUUCAGAUACGAGAUCAGCCUGACGCUAUGACAGACCGAAACGCUCUUCAGACCUACGUGUAUUAUUACAAGCAAUGCGACAGAUCUAUCCCGAGUGCGAUGCGGAAGAGCCGGCUUAUCAUGGCUCUGAAUCCAGGCAUUGGAUCACUGUCAUCAUGGCAAGGUCCUGGCUCCAUACAUGGCAGAAGAACAACUGGUACAUAUGGAUAUGGAUCCAAGGGUGUGAUCAGUAAAAAUGUAUCACAAUCUGGCUCACAAGAGAUCUGUAAUCGGUGCUCUGUCACUGCAUCGCCCAUGUGGUGGAAUAGCUCUAUAGACGAGACUAUCAAGGACUCAAGACGCUUACUCACGCAAGAACUAAAUACCCUAGUGACAUCCCCGCAAGAGCCGGAGAUGUCAGUUAUGGUUAAAGUAGAGGUUAAGGAUGAUAGCAAGCAUGAAGACAUGUUGUCUUCACAGGAGACAUCAUCAAUGAUAUGCCACGCUUGUUUUUGGGACUCUAAACCAGCUAGUACUUUAAUCCGUUAG